AUGGUUAAUGUUUUAUUAACUAAUGUAUGUAAUAAUAUAGGAUUACCUGAGUGUAGGGCUUUUAAUGUAUCUGAAAGUUCAUAUACAGGUAUGAAUAAGCAAAUGUUUGGAUUUGAUGUAAAAACACCUUACACAUUCGGAAUGAUUGUAAUUUCUAUACUUUCAGCUGUCAGAAUGGUUUUCCAUGUUAAUUCUCUCUUUGCAUCUGUAGGUGGUAAUGAAAUGAAGAUAGUUUACUACUGUUUUAUUUUAUAUAACGGUUUACUAGGAUAUUUGGUGUGUUUGGGUGAUGAUAUAAAUAUACUUUCUUAUAAGGCAUUUACUGCUAUUUACAUGACUUUAAACACAACGUUUUAUUUUGCUAUUCUAUUGAGUGGUAUUACAGCUGAUAGAAUUUAUGGUAUAUAUAAAAUGUCAUCAUUCUUGUUUAUGUCGACUAUCACAUUCUCUCAAUUUGGUAUUGUGUUAGUUUUCUACAUAUUAUCAUUUGCUACUAAUAAUGAUAUUUCUGUAAUUGUUUAUUAUGGAAUUAACUUUUUCUGUGUACUUGUGUUUAUCUUUAUACAAAUAGGGAAACUAAAAAAGAAAAAUGCUGAUAUUUGGCCAUAUGGUCUAUUGGGUGUAAUUUUUGUACUGUCAUUAAUAACCAAUUCUUUAUUGUUUGUAUUAGGAGACGUGGUUGCCAAAUUUUCUGAUAUGACUCUUGAUAAUAUAUUUUUAAUAGUUCUCUUUAAUCUUAUAUUUCUUACAAUGAUUCAUAAAUAUUGGAUUAAUACCUGUGAUUUUGAAGUAGAAUGUUUAACUUUAGAAGUUGAAUAA